GAGAGAGAGAGACAUUUUUUCCUCUUGCCUGCCUCACAAUUUCCAUCAAAUGUAAUUUCUCAAUCUAAUUUAUUUUAUUCUUUUCAUUCACUCUGCUUUUCCUCUCCAUCCUCGUGAAUUAUCAUCGUGGGUGCCUUUAAAAAUAGAGGCCACGAGCAUGACAGUGAAGAAGAAAAGCUCCGAAAUUGUCCUAAUUGUGGGCGGCAGCGGCUUCCUGGGGCAGCACCUCGUGAAGCAGCUCAUCGAGGAGGAGGACAGUGUCCAGGAAAUCCGUGUGCUGGACCUUAAGCCAUACGAGAACAGACUGAAUCACGGUGCAUCGAAGAAAAUUACCACGUUCAUCGGAGACAUUUGCGAUGUGGAUAUGAAAUGGGAAAUGGCAUUUGAGGGUGUUGACUGUGUCUUUCACUGCGCUGCCUACAUUAAUUUUCAAUAUCCUCCCAAUGUAACUGAAUUAGAACGUGUGAAUGUGGAUGGCACGAGGAAUGUUGUGAAGCUGUGCGUGAAGCAUCGCGUGCCCAGGCUAGUUUUCACCAGCACUUCGGCUGUGACUCUGGUGCCCUACAUGGGCAGCACCUUCGCCGUGAUCCUGAACCAAACUGAGGGCAAAGCCAGGGUACCAGAGGACGAGAGGGAAUUUAUCAUUCCAGGCUAUUUGGCCUCGAAGUUGAGAGCAGAAAAUGUCGUUCUGGAAGCCAACGGAACUCCUCUCAGAGACUCAAAUGAAAUUUUAAGAACUGUUGCCCUGCGGCCCACAAUUCUAUACGGCGAGUGCGAUGAGAGGUUCUUCCCUCUGCUAAUGCGAAUUGGUGUUCGCUUUGGGGGCCAGAUUCCGCGGAUAGCGGGCGUGGGAGGAAAGCAGCAACUCACGUACGUGGGCAAUGCCGCGUGGGCUCACAUUUGUGCCAAGAGAGCCCUGGGUGAUGCCUUUGCCAGGCAAAAGAUCUCCGGAUUGCCUAUAUUCAUUACUGACGACACUCCGAUCGAGGACACCAUUCGCUUCUGUCAACGAAUAUCCAAGUCGCUGCCCAAGGAAGCGAAGCUACGGCCCACGUGGUGGUCCUUGCCAGGAUUCCUCACGUACUUUCUCGCAUGGAUGCUGGAGUUACUGGUUUUGAUCGUGCUGAAGCCACUUUUUGGACUCUCACUGCCUUUCCCGCCUCGCGGCCUCAUCGCCUAUUCCUCAUCCAUAAUGAUGUAUUGCAGGUUGAGGGCCAGCAUUCACCUAGACUACGAGCCGCCCUACAAUGAGGCGCAGUGCAUUCAGAACAGCGCCAGUUGGUAUGAAAGACACCGCCGCGAGUUGAUCGGCGACAAAUGAGCUGAAAUCCGCCUCGUCAUCGCACAUUUCCGCUCCUCACGUACCACCAUUCGAAUCCCAUCAAAAGUGCCAGGAUAUUGGCAGUGACACCUCACACUCGUCAUUAAACUCCAUUAAAGAUUAACGACUUUUGGGGAAUGCGCCUCGCGACGCGGGCCCGUGGAACAGGCGGCAAUAUGCAGGGGUAAAAGUAAAUUAAAUAAAUUAUUUCCCGUUUCUAAUGAAACUCUUGCCAGUUGUGUUUACUCCCUGUCCCAUCGAUAUUUGAUUUGACGAAUGUAGUGUUUUAUUGGGACGUAGGAAAAAAGUGUGUACAUAGUUUGGGGUGGCAAAUCAGGGGGUUGCAGACACAGAUCCCAAUCAGAAAUAUUCUUUUAUUAAUACUCCAUGAAAAAUUAUGUAUAUUAUAUUGGAAUAAAAUAUUAUAAA